AUGCAGUCACUUUCGGCUGCGGGGUGGACGCCUCCUCCCGGCGCCGCUGGAUGGACGCCGUCUCCCGAUGCCGUCUCGCAGAGUGAAGCUCCAAAGAUAGCUUCUUCACCCUCGCAGCGCGAAUCGCAACAGCCGGCGGCGAGUGGUGGUGGUGACCCAAACCAUAAACCAUACAAGUUGCGAUCAAAGCUGCGUGAGAGCUGUAACAGCUGCGCCGAGUCCAAGGUCAAGUGCACCAAGGAGCAGCCCAUCUGUUCAAGAUGCGAGGAUAGAGACCUCGACUGCCAGUACAGCCUGAGUCGCCGUGUCGGGAAGAGAAAGGCUGUUUCGGCAAUAUUACUGCCACACGCGGCCGAUAUAAGCAGCGCUCGCACAAGACAGUUUCGACAAGAUGAUGUCUGCCUCGAACAGUCGAAUAGCCUCCAUUCCAGCGCAAAAAACAUUUCCAACAAUGAUGCAAUGAUGGAUCUCGACAACGACAUCGACUUCACGGCCCACGACGACGGCUUCAUCAACUUGCUGUCAACGCCCGCCACCGACGCCAAGGACCGUUGGAAACAGUCCAUCUCGACAUCGAGCUUCUCCGCGUUCCAGACGCAAAAGUCUGAGUUUUCUAAGUGGGAAAACAUGGGAUUUCUGGAAAGCGGUGAAUUCCCGACCAAUGGGCCGGAUCUGAGGGCCUGGUACACGGCAGGGCACGAGGAUAUCUCGAUCAUAGAUCAUGCCGGCACCUUCCCUUACGACGACCAGAUGCUCUUCGUGCCAAUUCUUCCCGCGCCAUCAGAGGCCCCUUCGAGACCUACUAUGGGCCUUCCCACGUACUCCAAAGAGCCCUCCACCUCAUGCGUCAGCUCAACCACCGGGGUCCCAGGUGUGAAGCGACUCUGCAGAGCGUCCGCGGACGUGGGGUCGGCGGGAUUGCAUUGCAUGGCACGCCUUUCGUCAAUCCUCACCAGUCUUCACGAUUCACCGAUUGCGUGCAGCUCGGCGAGCAUGAAGACAUCUCCGUCCUGUACACCAGGCAUCGACACACCUUCACUGCACAUGUUCGUCCUGGAAAAGGGGUAUUCGAGGGCAAAGACGCCUUCUGAGCUGUCGUCGCUGGCUACAGACAUUUCCACGCCGCCCUUGCCAUCUUCUGCGCAGACAUCUCCCGCAAAAGGGCUAUCAAUGGAACAGGUGCUUUCGAUGAACAAGGGUGUGAUCGAAGCGUUGCGAGAAAUGUUACAUUGUGCCUGUUCCACCGAUCUACAGGUCGCAUUGGUGUUCACCAGCAUCACUUCGACAGUCUUGGAUCGGUAUGUGGCCACCAUACAACCCGAGGAUGAUGACGCCGAUCACAGUCAUUCAAUGGCUCAGGACAUCAGUGACGGCAGGAACCACGCCAAAACUGCUACUCACACCCACAUCAAAAUCCGAAUCCAACACGUCCUUGGUGAAAUGCACCAGGUGUUACAGCUUAUUGAGGGGCUCGCCGCCAAAUUCGAAUGGAUGCAGUCGGCUGACUGCGGUGAUGCCGACAUGAAGUCCUAUCUUGGGGCCUGUGUAGCUGCUAAAGAGGGCUCCUCUGACGAGAGCGAAGACGUUUCAGGAACCACAGAAGGGAAUACGAGCUCGACAGCUUCCGCCGCUCCUCAUAUUGACACUGCCCCGGUGUUCGCCGAGCUGCAAAAGUAUCUAAGGAGCCAGUUGCGCAUGCUCACCACGACGGCAACCACAAUUUUAAGAAGAAGCGAUUGA